AUGGCAGCUACACGACGUCUGCAACAGACUUUGUCCCAUAUUCAGCCGCCAAAGGCGGUUGAGCAGCUUUCAAUUGUGUACGGCCCUACACAACCUCCCCUGCUAGACAUCACUCUCGGAGAGUUACUUGCACUACAGAGCCUUCAAUAUGGAGAACACGAGUGUCUGGUGUUCCCUUGGACAGGAACCCGAUGGACAUAUUCCGCCCUAAACGACGAGGCCGAUAGAUUGGCUCAAGGCCUAUUGGCCAUUGGUAUCCACAAGGGCGAUCGAAUAGGAAUCAUGGCUGGCAAUUGUGAACAGUAUAUCUCUGUUUUCUUUGCGGCAGCACGGGUCGGGGCUAUUCUAGUAGUGCUUAACAAUACUUACACGCCAUCAGAGCUUUACUACGCUCUCGAACAUACAGGUAGCUGCGCUUUCAUCCAUUAUGAAUUAGCUUCCAUGCUGACAGUUUUUUCUUGUUAUCUAGAUUGCCGAUUGUUGUUUAUGACGCCUCGCAUUGGUCGUCACAAUUUAGAGGAGGUGCUGUCAAAGAUGGGCCCUCAUCCCAAGCGGAAAGGAUCAUCAGCUGCAUUGGAAGAGAUCGUCAUUUUGCGGGGUGAACACUCUAAUUUCCCAACAUACAGCAGCGUCAUUGAAAGAGGAUUAUCGGUUUCCAGCAAUGCCUUGCUGGAUCGACAGGCACAAUUGAGACCUGAUGAUGUCUGCAAUCUACAGUUCACCAGUGGCUCAACCGGAAACCCUAAAGCUGCCAUGUUGACCCAUCACAAUCUGGUCAACAACUCCCGCUUUAUCGGAGAUCGAAUGGACCUCACCUCCUUCGAUAUUCUGUGCUGCCCUCCACCCCUGUUCCAUUGCUUCGGACUCGUCCUUGGAAUGCUAGCUGUUGUCACACAUGGAGCGAAGAUCGUCUUCCCCAGCGAAACAUUCGACCCGAAGUCGGUUCUCCACGCGAUCUCCGAUGAAAAAUGUACUGCCCUCCACGGUGUCCCGACUAUGUUUGAAGCCAUCCUAAGCCUACCUAAACCGCCGAACUUUGACACACACAAUCUACGCACUGGUAUCAUCGCUGGAGCCCCUGUGCCUCGCCCGUUGAUGAAGAGGUUGUUCGAGGAAUUGAAUAUGACACAGUACACUAGCAGCUACGGUCUCACCGAAGCCUCACCCACAUGUUUCAACGCAGUUACAACGGACACCAUCGAAACCCGAUUGAGAACAGUAGGCAAAGUGAUGCCCCAUGCGAAAGCGAAGAUCAUCGACGCAGAAGGCCGCAUCGUCCCGGUCGGCCAACGAGGAGAACUAUGCAUCGCAGGCUACCAAUUAACAAAAGGAUACUGGAACAACCCCGACAAGACAGCCGAAACGCUUACGACCGACGCCGACGGCACCACGUGGUUGAAGACGGGAGACGAGGCCAUAUUCGAUCCACAAGGGCGCUGCACCAUCACGGGACGGUUCAAAGACAUCAUCAUACGCGGCGGCGAAAACAUCUACCCGUUAGAAAUCGAGGAGCGACUGGCAAGCCACCCAGCCAUCGAGGUUGCAUCGGUGAUCGGCAUUCCUGACCACAAGUACGGUGAGGUGGUUGGGGCCUUCAUCGCUCUGGCUCCUGGUUACGAGAACAAGCGACCAUCGGACGAGGAGUUGCGGGUCUGGACACGAGAGAAGUUGGGCCGGCAUAAGGCUCCGCAGUAUGUGUUCGUGUUUGGCGAAGAGGGUGUGGAUCGAACAAUCCCAAUUACGGGCAGUGGAAAAGUCCGGAAGGUGGAUUUGCGGAAGACUGCGGCGCAGGUUCUGGAACGGCGCACGAAAGCGAAUUGA